CAGCAGAAGUUUGGAAAACUUUCAGGCUGGUGUCAUUCUUUCAGGCAGUAAACCUUGCACAGCUCACUUGUCCCGGGCAUAGAAACUGAGGAUCUAUUUCAUAUGGUUUAACCAUUGAUACCCAGGAGCCCCUAUACUGGAGAGGAGCAGGAACCAGGGGCAGAAGAAGUCUUGUCACUCCAGGCCAGGGAGAAUGCAUAGAGACUUAGGAGUGUUCACGAGCAGUCUGGAGGGCUCAGAUUGCCUGAUUUAGGGGGUAUAUUGACAGGCAGCAACACCUUUUGUGAAUUGGAAUUGUAUUUAUUGCUUAUCCAGUAUCAUAGACCAAGGACAAUGCAGCACCAUUUGGAGUUAGGACAUUAUUUCCCACACGAGUCUUUAGCUGACCACAGAUCUCAUCGCUAUAGAAGUUUUAUGAUUGAGGAAAUCCUAACUGACCAUCCGGAUUCUAAGUCCUCACCUCCCGCUGGGGAACUGCUUAAAUUUGGGGUUCAGGCCCUUCUCUCAGCCAGACCCUACCACAAUCAUCUAGCACUCCUUAAAGCAGAACAUGCAUCAGUCUUCAAGUUUCCCCUGACCCCCCUGUCCUGCACCAGUCUGGGCUCCCCUAUUAGUUCUGCCCUUCUGGCUGCAGGUUCAGGACUGCAGGGGGCCUCAGGUUCUACUCACCACCUGCCCCUGGAGCUGCAUCUAAGGGGGAAGCUGGAAGCUGGAGUAUCAGACCAGGGCAGCAAGGCCAAGAAAGGCAGAAGGAGCCGCACUGUAUUUACUGAGCUCCAACUCAUGGGCCUGGAAAAGCGAUUUGAGAAGCAGAAAUACCUCUCUACACCAGACAGGAUAGAUCUGGCGGAAUCUCUGGGUCUUAGUCAACUGCAGGUUAAAACCUGGUACCAGAACAGGAGAAUGAAAUGGAAAAAAAUAGUUUUACAAGGUGGUGGUCUUGAAUCUCCAACAAAGCCAAAGGGUCGCCCUAAAAAGAAUUCCAUCCCAAGCAGCGAUCAACUCACAGAACAGGAGAGAGCAAAAGAAGACGAGAAACUCACAGAGAAUAUAAAUUCACCUUCUGGAGUAAAUCAAGAGGAGUAAAAGGACAGAUAAUUAUUUUGUGGUAAAGCUCAGAGACACCCAGAGAAACUAAUGUUCUGCAACUUAUUGAGACUGGAUUAAAUACCUGGAUCAGUGUGAGACUGUAGCUGGGCUUUUUCCAGGUACAAUUUACUCACCUUAAUUAUUCUGAUUCCCAGAAUGUGGAUUGUUUUAAAAACAAAAACAUGUGGAAUUAGGGACAUUAAGCUACAAAAAUCCUGCAACUUUUCUUAAACCAAAGACGCAGCUUUAAGAAGAUGGUUACACAGGGGUUAGUACAAUAUUUUUUUAAUAUUUCAUUUUCUUUGUAUUUAAAACAUGUUUUUUUGCCUCCCG